CCGAAAUGGUAGCCUGCUGUGCUCUCUAACCCACCAUAACCUCGCCCCGGAGACGUCUAAUUGCGUGGGCAGCUGACCUGAGAUAUGCGACGAUGAUAGCUUGAGCACGAAUUGCUUCAAAAUGGGGCCACGGGAUCCGGAGGAACCGACGUCGAGGAAGAGGAAGCGCCCAGCCCCAGAAAUCGGUCCAUUUGUCCUGCGAAGCCUGCUUGAGGAUCUGCCAUUGUCCGCAGACGGAGACAGAGAUGAUAUUGAAAUCAAUUGUGUAGAGUUCCUUGACCGGAACCUCUAUGUUGGUACAUCUGCAUCUGAAAUCCUCCACUUCUUCCAAAUCCCUCCAGACCCCGAAGAUGCAUCUGCGAAGCCCUCGUAUAUCCUAGCGUCAAGACUUCCCCCAGCCUUUCACGAGCCUCCAACCUCAGCGCGGCCAGGUGUCCAGCAGAUACUCCUUCUCCCCAAAGUCAAUAAAGCUUGCAUAUUAUGCAAUUGGACUGUCACUUUCUACUCCCUGCCAGAACUCAGUCCAGUUUUUGGGACGACACAAAUUCGACAGUGCAAUUGGAUUGGUGGCAUAGAUCUCAAUCUAGAUCCGCGUGGAGCUGAACAGGAUGGCAAAAGCCCCGCUGUGACAGUAUUGGCGUCUCAGAAUAAGAGGAUACGGGUCAUAAAGAUCAGCGAAGACCCUCGCGGACUCAGAGUAAGUGUGAUUGACUUCCCGGGGAGCAUGAUAUCUGUCCGUCGUGAUUCGUUUGCCUGUGUAGCUGAUGCUCGUUCGUACGCGCUUCUCGAUGUCGACCGUCUGCAAAAGAUACCCCUAUUCCCAAUCUCCUCCUUGGAUGACUCUCCGUCGGGCAACGUUGGUGGCCACAUCGAAGAUAUAUCCGGAAACUCUGCUGGUGGGCUCUCACGAAGCACAUCUUCAGCUCAAGGUUAUCCCGCAGGGCUUUCCGAUGACCGAGGACAUGGCCGCAGCACCAGCCUAGGUGCGUUCAUGAGUGGUGGGUCCCGGAGACAUGGACCAGCUGGAGGCAAUGAUGAAAGAUCUGGUCGCGAAACUCCGGAAGGAAUAUUUCGAGAGCGUUCUCCUUCUCCAGCUGUGGCAACCCUUCAUGCGGCACAAUGGGACUUGAAUUCUGGUCAGAAUGCUAACAAACCACUUCCAAUCCCACCAACGGUCUCAGCAACGACUGAAGCGCCGCCGCCAGGUUCUGUUCCUACAUCUGCUCCGGUAUACCUGAAGCCCCAUAUAGUAUCUCCCACUCCUCAAGAGUUUCUGCUUGUCACUGGCACUGGACCACGAGAUCCAGGAGUUGGCAUGUUUGUCAACCUUGAUGGAGAUCCCACACGAUCAACGUUAGAAUUUGACAAAUAUCCUGACGAGCUAGUGGUAGAUGGACGUGGAGUCGGAGUGGAUCCGACUCCCACUACUAUGGAUGGCGAGGAAGAAGGAUUUGUUCUCGCCUCCAUGGCCAGAGAUUUUAUGGAGGAACAGCGGUACGGUAUUGAAGUUCAACGAUGGGACCUGGACCCUGGUGAAGCAGAAACAGAAAAGUUUUGGCUAGAAAUACCAUCACCAAAUGAAGCAGAACAGACGGCGAGAAUUGGGCUCCGCUCCGUUGUCGAUUUAGGAGAUAUCUAUUUCGACGAAGUUGUGGACAGGCUGCGCUUGAAACGCUUUCAACCUUUCGCGAUUAGGUCAAUGGAUGCCUCUAUCCUGUCCCUGCACAGCGUUGACUCUCGCACUGCAAUGUCGUUAGAGCGUGUUUCCGGUGAGAGAAAACUAUUUGAAAGCAGUGAUUCUCUUCCGGAAGGCUGGGAGGAACAUCGAAAUGAAGAAGAAUUGCAGUUUGCUCAAAGACUGGGCCAUUGUCGGACUCACUUAGUUGCAUGGUCUGGAAAGAGCAUUUGGUGGGCGGUCAGGAACCCUCUGGCAUUGCGUUUGGAUUCAAUUAUCUCGGCAGUGAUUGCUCCUCGAAUCCCCAACGUCCAAACAUAUCCUUCACUUGAUCGCCGGAAAUUGGUCGAGUUGAUCAACUCAAUAAGAGGUCGCGAGGCCAAGACCGAGACCGAAUUUCUCACGCUGGGGUAUAUCAGACAGCGAGCUGGUUUGCUGCUGUUUUUGAGUGGAUUAGACGCCCUCGCAAGCCCACUCUCAGAACUUGAAUAUAGAAUCACUGAAGACGCGCUGCUCGAAGGUGGUCUUGACCCUCGUGUCAUUCUCGCCCUCGUCCCAUAUCUUCGAAACGAGAUCCUCGAAGGGAGAACAGGCAUCUGGAUUCAUGGAGGAGUCAAAGAUGUGGCGGACGGCUUCAUCACGAAUAGCAUUCCAACAGAUAAUCCAGAGGUGAUGGCAGACAGCGUUAUGUCUGACCAUAUCCUACAUUUCUUACGAAGAUUUCUCACUGCUUGGCGGAAGAGGAAGGGCUUUGGCAGCAUUGCAAACGAAAACGAGGUGUUCAAAAGCGUGGAUGCCGCCUUGCUGAUCGUCCUUCUCCAACUUGACCAAUCUUCCUCUCCUAAUGGGCCCAAAGAAAAUUCGGUCAGAAUUGAUCUUUAUGCGCUAGUUGAUGGUGGAGUUGAUUGCUUCGAGAGGGCUAUUUCUCUGCUCGAAUCUCAUCACCGCCUCUAUCCCUUGAGCCAUCUUUAUCAAAGUCGUAAAAUGGCCGGGGAAGUUCUGGCAACAUGGCGCCGAAUAAUUGAAGGAGAGACUGAUGAGGGAGGAGACUUAGGCGACGGAGAGCAGAGAGUGCGAUCAUAUCUUGCUAAAAUUCGCAACUCUGCCUUGAUAGAGGAAUAUGGCGUGUGGUUAGCUACUCGGAAUCCCAGACUGGGCGUGCAAGUCUUCGCUGAAGAUCGAAGCUUGGUCAAGUUUCAGCCAGCCCAAGUUGUCCGAAUCCUACGUGAAGGAGCUCCUGGCGCUGUCAAGGACUACUUGGAAUAUCUUGUUUUCGACAAAAGUCACGCCGAAUACAUCAAUGAGCUUAUCGCUUACUACUUGGAUAUUGUUAUGACCAAGGUCGAAGAAUCGAAAGAGGCGAGGGAAAUCUUAGCGCAGACGUACGAAUCGUAUCGAGCACUGCGUCCUCCGAAACCUACCUAUCGACAGUUCAUCACUGACAAUAUGGUCGAUGAGGAGUGGUGGCACAGCCGCCUCCGGCUUCUUCAAUUGCUUGGAGGUAGUCAAGGAACAGCCUCGGAGUAUGAUGUUGCUGCCAUCCUCGCCAGAAUCGCACCAUAUACUCGGGAACUUGUUCCCGAAGUAAUCAUUCUUGAUGGUCGGCAAGGUCAGCACGAAGAAGCUCUCAAGCUUUUAACUCAUGGCCUCGGUGAUUAUGACACAGCCAUUAGUUAUUGUUUGCGAGAUGGUUCAAGCAUCUACCAUCCCAUCAUCUCUGGAACCAUGGCUCGGGAAAGCCUUCCAAGUCAUGAACAGCAAGCGAAGCUCUUCAACUUCUUACUAGCAGAAUUUCUGCAGAUUGAAGAUGUCAGCAAUCGUAUUGAGCAGACAAGCAGCCUACUCGAAAGGUUCGGCAGCUGGUUUGACGUCGGGUACGUCCUUAGGUUGAUUCCCGAUUCCUGGUCGGUGGAGCUUGUUUCUGGCUUCUUGGUCAGCGCUCUGAGGCGGAUUGUAAGAGAGCGUAGUGAAACUAUGAUCGCGAAAGCCCUGAGCGGCGCAGAGAACUUGAAGGUCACGGCGAGCCUGAUUGAGGAGAUCGAUGCCGCCGGGCCUUCAAUCGAAGCUGAGAGCUGAUCUGAUCUAUAUGUAAAUAUGAAUAAAUAAUCACGUGAUGAGUCACCAUAUGGAAGAAGCUCGUGGUUGCAUUCGGGUGCUCUUCUGGCAUACUUUAUGUGUCAAGCACUUUUGGAUGAUGAAAGACAACGAAUCACAGGGUCGCAGGAUCUGUUGCACAUCGCUACGAUGUUCCAAAGGCUCUGUCUGGUGCGAUG